UGUUCCUCCACGCUUCCUGCACAGCAGGUUUAUUGUGUGCAAAGUCUGAGCAAAAGAGAGGCCGAGAUGAUAAAAAAAAUGGGCUGAAAGAGCCACACCUUCUCCUUGACGUGGGCUCGGUUUGGGUUCCCGGAGUUCCAGGGGGUGGCAGGCGCCGUCGGCACUCCGCAUCACCCUCCUCGUCAUCGCCAUCAUCAUCAUCAGGUCAGUGCGUGGGCUUCUUUCCACUUCUUUUGUAGAGGACCAGAAUCGUCGCCCGGGUCGAGACCUCUGCGGUUUCCUAACGCUCUGCAACGGCGCUGGGGUGGCAGUGCCAGCAUUGAUCUGUCACCACAUCCUGUCGAGGAUUUUUUUUACAGAAGUCUUAAGCGGCAGAAAGUUGCAUUUUUUUUGUUUAGUUUUUUUCGCCAAGAGUUCUUCUUUGUUCUGGACUGCAACCGUUCCACACCUGCCUCAAUGAAGAAGUACCUCUUCCUCUGCAUCUCCUGCGUUCUAACGCUGGGUCUUCUUUACAGUUGGGUGAAAGGACCCUUAUCGCCAGCUGCUUUCUUCUUUGUCAACUCAGGGCAAGCCAAUGUGACCAUCUUGCUGUGGCACUGGCCCUUUGGCGGAACUUUUGACCUCCACGGGGAUGUGUGCUGGGACCUGCGCAAAAUCCCAAACUGCAGAGUCGUGGCGCAGAGGUCCUUGUUUUUGGAAGCGAACGUGGUGGUGUUCCAUAACCGAGAGCUGGUAACAGGAAAGGAGAAACUUCCCCUGGAGCUUCAGAGGCCGCCGGGCCAGAGGUGGGCAUGGAUGUCUCUGGAGUCCCCAGUGCAUAACGGGGACCGGAGCAGAUUAGCUGGCGUGUUUAACCUCACCUUGAACUACAGGAGGGACGCAGAUGUUACCAUACCAUACGGUGAGUUUCUACCUCGAGACCCUGAAGAUCCAGUAGAGGACAUUCCACAGAAUAAAACGGAUCUGAUCUGUUGGGUGGUUAGCAACUACCAGGAUUCCCACAGAAGAAGCAAAGUGUACAAAGAACUCAAUGCUGUCAUUCCAGUAAAGGUCUAUGGACUCUGGUCAAAGAAUCCUCUUGCGACCGAAGACCUUCUUCCUGCAAUAUCUCGUUGCUACUUCUAUUUGGCCUUCGAGAACAGCAUCGCCAAAGAUUACAUCACAGAGAAACUGUGGCUGAAUUCUUACAAAUCUGGGGCGGUGCCGGUCGUCCUGGGACCGCCGGUGGCGGAUUACGAGGCUGUGACACCGCCGCACUCUUUCAUCCACGUGGACCAGUUUGCAUCUGUGAAAGAACUCGCCGAGUACCUGCAGCAGCUGGCAGGCGACACCAAGCGCUAUGGCGAGUAUCUGCAAUGGAGGAAGGACUGGAAGGUGCAAAUGUACGAGUGGCGCUGGAGACUGUGUCAGAUCUGCUUGCAGUACCCCAGCUUUCCUGAGCACAAAGUCUACACUGACCUGGCAGCCUGGGAUAACGCUGCAUAGAAGCAACGUAAGUCCAGAAAGGAAACACGUAUCUGACAUGACAAAGUUGUGUUUCUCAAAACUGCUUAAAAACUAUUCUAUCAAUUUCUCUAGACAAUCAUUUAAUCACAACCGAAUUGUUGAGUUUGUCUCAGGAGGCUUUGCUUCUCAUCAGAGCAGAGAAAUCUAGAAGCGAUCUAAUCGACUAGAUCUGACCAACGUUCUAUCAAUUUCUCUAGACAAUCAUUUAAUCUCAACUGGACACUCGCCCUUUUCCUCUUCUUCAUAGUCCUUGAUCAUGUGCUCAGGAAAGCAAUCAAUGGGCGAGAGCAGGAACUUGGCUUCACGCCAACACCAAGGAUGUCGAGUCGACAACCGGCAGUGGUCCUGACAGACCUUGACUAUGUAGAUGACAUCCGUCUGCUCUCCAACAACAUGGAACAAGCACAAGAACUACUACACAGGGUACAGCUAGAGUGCGCCAAGGUUGGCCUUAGGCUGAAUGCCAAAAAAACUGAGGUCAAGACCUACAACGUUCCACCAGAACAUCAACCUCUGGUAACACCAGGAGGCACUGUGCUGGAAGAAGUUGAGGACUUCAAAUACCUGGGUGCAUGGGUCAACUCAACUGAGCAAAAUCUAAAAGUGAGGAAGGCAUUUGCAUGGAGGGCCCUGAACGGCAUGACCAGUGUAAAGGACUCCAACCUCCCCCGCCAAAUCAAACUCAGCUUGUUCUACGUGACAGUUGAGUCCGUUCUUCUCUACGGCAGCGAAUGCUGGACCCUGAAGCCAACCCUGGAGAAGUCUCUGGAUGGAUGCUACACCAGGAUGCUACAUCAACAAGAGUGCACACCUAACCAACUGAAUCCUCUACAAGGGAAUACCAAGGGUGAGCGAGAAGAUUGCUGUAAGGAGAAUGAGACUAGCAGGACACUGCCAAAGGCAUCAGGAGCCGCCAGCCAGCAAAUUGGUGCUGUGGGGACCAACACAUGGGCAUCGGUCAAGAGGACGUCCCCCACUAACAUACGUGGACGCACUCAAGAAGGAUCCAGGAGCUCAGAGUACCAAGGAACUGGCCAAAUGUAUGGAGAAUCGGGAUGACUGGAAGCAACGACGGAAGGCUCGUUUGAGGACCACCUAGAGAGGACUGUUGAGUUUGUCUCAGGACACUUUGCCUCUCAUCCGAGCUGAGAGAUCUAGAAACGAUGUAAUCGACUAGAUCGGACAAACGUUCUCGUUCAUCAAGGUCAUUGUGUUCUCAGAGCAUUCCAAUCUACGGCAUCCCGACUGUCCGGUUUGUGGGUCCUAACGACUGAUGUAUCGAUCGAGGACUUGGUUCUCUGCAGGAGUGUCACUCCUUGUUUGAUUUGAUAUUAAACAUCACAUAGAAUACUU